AUGGCCGAGAAAGCGCCACGACAGAGUGGGCUAGUAAAAGCAGUCGUAUUAAGUGCGGCGAAAUACUUCCUCAGAUCUUAUGCAUCGCAUAUAAUCAUUUAUGGCCAAGUUAACGCCAGGAUUUUCUUGCGAACGGCUCGAUGCACCCGCGAACACAUCUUCGCGACCACUGUUUUACCACCCCUGUUUGCCUCAGCUACAGAAUUUGCAGUGCAAAUGAUUCUCUCGAAGAGCCCAUUUUUGGCAUCCCUCCUGGAAUUCAGAACUUGGACGACGACAGGAAGACUGCCUAAUGCAGCAAGCGAUAGUUACCCGGGAUCGAAUCAACUGGAGGAGGUUCUCGCAGUGAGCAAAAUCACACCGACGCGCAUCUCCAAAAGGAGCAGAUUACGAGCCGUUGUUGGUUCAAGAAUAUCAGAACAAGGAGCCUUACUGAACCUGUUGAACAGAGAGCUCUCUCCGGCCAACUUUCCAAUCUCCAAGGUUGAUUGUAGUUAA